UUUAUUUUUAUUUAUUAUUUUUUUCGCGUCGCGGGCUAGGCCGAGGGAAGGAGGGACGGAGGCCGGCCCUUAUGGCUUACGUCUGCACCGCGCGUUCGCUGGAGCACGGCCUGCCAUGUGUUCUCCCCCGCGGCUGCGGGAGGCCGGCCGCGCUCGGAGCCAUCCCUGAGCUCGGUCGGAACUUGUAGAACCUCAGAGAACCCUACCCUUGGCCGUGUAAUCAGCGAUGCGGAUUGCCUUUUUCUUGGAGCGCUCGGGGCAAAAUGCAACCGCCCCUUUUUUCUACAGCCAUAAAAAUUCCUAACUAUAGAGCCCGUCGCCACGUCCUCCGGACACGAGCUCUAUGAAAAGAUGAAAGUAUAUCCGUCCAGGGUUUUUUUUUUUUCUUCUCAGGCCACAAGUAAUGGUCUUUUUUAGACAUGGAAUCAACAGUUUUUUUCUUUUUUUGCACUAUUAGUUCGUCCCCAUUCCCCUGCUGGUCCUCCCAGUACCCGCUGCAGUCCCUUCUGACAGGCUAUCAGUGCCAUAGUAACGACGAGCACACGUCCUAUGGAGAGACAGGCGUCCCCGUUCCUCCUUUCGGAUGCACUUUCUCUUCUGCUCCCCAUAUGGAGCAUAUCCUAGCAGUUGCCAAUGAAGAAGGCUUCGUUAGACUAUACGACACAGAAUCACAAACUUUGAAAAAGAAGUGCUUCAAAGAAUGGAUGGCUCAUUGGAAUGCUGUGUUUGACUUGGCCUGGGUCCCUGGUGAAUUUAAACUUGUUACAGCAGCAGGUGAUCAAACAGCCAAAUUUUGGGACGUAAAAGCUGGUGAACUGCUUGGAACAUGCAAAGGUCAUCAGUGUAGCCUGAAGUCGGUUGCAUUUUCUAAGUUUGAGAAAGCUGUAUUCUGUACAGGUGGAAGGGAUGGCAACAUUAUGGUCUGGGAUACCAGAUGCAACAAAAAAGAUGGUUUUUAUAGGCAAGUGAAUCAAAUCAGUGGAGCUCACAAUACCUCAGACAAGCACACCCCUUCCAAACCCAGAAAGAAGCAGAAUUCCAAAGGGCUUGCUCCUUCUGUGGAUUUCCAGCAGAGUGUUACUGUGGUUCUCUUUCAAGAUGAGAACACUUUGGUGUCAGCAGGAGCUGUUGACGGCAUAAUCAAGGUGUGGGAUUUGCGCAAGAAUUAUACUACUUAUCGGCAAGAACCUAUAGCGUCCAAGUCUUUCCUGUACCCAGGUAGCAGCACUAGAAAACUUGGAUACUCAAGUCUGAUUUUGGAUUCUACUGCCUCUACUUUAUUUGCUAAUUGCACAGAUGACAAUGUCUACAUGUUCAAUAUGACUGGAUUAAAGACUUCUCCAGUGGCUGCUUUCAAUGGACACCAGAACUCUACCUUUUAUGUAAAAUCCAGUCUUAGUCCAGAUGACCAGUUUUUACUCAGUGGCUCAAGUGAUGAAGCUGCCUACAUCUGGAAGGUCUCCGCACCCUGGAAUCCUCCUACUGUACUCCUAGGUCAUUUUCAAGAAGUCACAUCUGUGUGUUGGUGUCCAGCUGACUUCACAAAGAUUGCUACUUGCUCUGAUGACAAUACACUAAAAAUUUGGCGUCUACAUAGAGGCUUAGAGGAGAAACCAGGAGGAGAUAAACUUUCCAUUGUAGGUUGGGCCUCUCAGAAGAAAAAAGAGACAAGAGCUGGCAUAGCAACGGUAACAAGUAACCAAAGUACUCCUGCCAAAGCCCCCAGGGUCAAGAGCAGUCCGUCCGUCUCCUCCCCGUCAUCUGCAGCUUGUGCUCCCAGCUGUGCUGGAGACCUCCCUCUGCCUUCCAAUACUCCCACGUUCUCUGUCAAAACCCCUCCUGCCAAGACCCGGUCUCCCAUCAGCAGAAGAGGCUCUGUCUCCGUGUCUCCCAAGCCACUUCCGUCCUUCAAGAUGUCCAUUAGAAACUGGGUGACUCGAACACCUUCCUCGUCACCUCCCAUCACUCCACCUGCUUCAGAGACCAAGACCACAUCUCCACGCAAAGCCCUCAUUCCUGUGAGCCAGAAAUCAUCCCAGGCAGAGACUUGUUCUGAGUCUAGAAACAGAGUAAAGAGAAGGCUCGACUCCAGCUGUCUAGAGAGUGUAAAACAAAAGUGUGUGAAGAGCUGCAACUGUGUGACGGAGCUGGAUGGCCAAGUUGAAAAUCUUCAUUUGGAUCUGUGCUGCCUUUCUAGUAACCAGGAAGACCUUGGUAAAGACACUCUGGGUCCUGCCAAAUCCAGCAAGAUGGAAGGAGCUAGCACAAGCAUCUCUGAGCCUCCUUCUCCUGUCAGUCCUUUCGUUUCAGAAAGUUGUGGAACACUGCCUCUCGCUUUGAGACCUUGUGGAGAAGGGUCGGAAAUGGUGGGCAAAGAGAACAGCUCCCCAGAGAAUAAAAACUGGUUGUUGGCUAUGGCAGCCAAACGGAAAGCAGAGAAUUCGUCUCCACGAAGUCCAUCAUCCCAGACACCCAGUUCCAAAAGGCAGAGCGGAAAGACAUCACCAGGCCCGGUCACUAUUACUCCCAACUCCAUGAGGAAAAUCUGUACUUACUUCCAUAGAAAGUCCCAAGAUGACUUCUGUAGUCCUGAACACUCAACGGAAUUAUAAUUGCUAGUCUGAAGGAGUCAGCUGAAUCCUGGGCCACUGAAACAAGAUGAAAACAGCAGCAAUGUGACUCCAACUUUGUCUUUGCUUUGUUUUGUUUUUGUUUUAAGAAAGCUGCCAUGUUUUCAUUUUUAGAUAAAAUCCUUUCAGCUCUGAAGUGCACUUGAUCUGGCUCUUGUACCGGUUGUUACACACAGCAUUCUUCAGGCAAAUGCUGGGUUUAAAUUUCAUAACGUAAAUUUGCCAUUUUGUAGCAUUUUGAGUAAAUAGUUUUCACCUUUUAAACAAGACACCUCAGCGUUUGCAGAUAGAAAGUGAAGACUUGUUAGGUUAACACUUGGUACACACGGACGCCUUCUGCAGAAGCAGCACAGGCCUAUCUGUGAGGCCAUUCUUUGAAGACCCCUAGAGGGUCAGCCACAAGCAAGUAUAACUUUAUUUGAAACAUAUAAUCUUUUCACUAUGCUUUUGUGUUUUCUUUUCACAGUGUGGUUAAAAAUGUCAUGUUCGG